AUGUGGUGUUUCUCCUGCGGUUCUUCCGCCGUCAAGGGCGAAGUGUCGGACGCGACCACCGGCCCGCGGCUCGCAGGCCCGCCCGACGCAGCCACCAAGCCCACUAUCAGCAAGCGUCAUGCUGACACGGCCAGCGACGCGCCGGCGGCGCGCGAGCGCCGUGACCAGACCGCUGUGAAAUUCGACGAUGCCCCGGCCCGGUCAGACGCUGCGGCGCCGGCGGCGGGGCCGGUUAUUGAUGCCUCGAGCGAGCGCGCGCGUGGCGCAGCCGCGCCCGUGAACGGCCCACCGGAGCCCGCCCGCGCCCCAGCGCCCGCGGCCCGUUCGCCGCUGGCGCCGCAGGCCGUUAGCGACAACGCGAGGCCGGGCCCCGCAGAGGGCGAGGAGCCCACAGCCGCGAACGCGGCCGGGACCCUGGUGGCGGAGGGCGGCGCGGCGGCGGCUGGAGGCGACGGCCCCGCCGGCAACGGGCCGGCCGCGGCGGACGCCGGGCCAAAGCGUGGCCCGCAGCCGGGGGCGCAGCUGGAUGAGGGGGCCGCGGGGCUGGUUGCGGCUGCAGGGGCGGGGGCCGCAGGGGCGGCGGCAGCCCAAACCAAGGCGCUGCCAGAUAAGGUUGCCCCAGAGGAGGCAGCGUCAGAGGCGGCAGUGCCCGAGGCGGCAGCUAAAGAGGCACCGGCCGCAGCACCUGCCGCUGGGGUCGAGGCCGCGGCAAACGAGGGGGCGACGGGCGAGGCGUCUGUGGACCAGCCUGCGGCAGAUGAGGCAGCUGCGAACGAGGCAGCUGCGGACAAAGGGGCUACAGACGAGGCAGCUGCGGACGAGGCAGCCGCGGACAACGUCACGGCGUUCAAGGCGACUGCAGAGCCGGCCGCCUCAGCGGCGGUGGCGCCAGAGGCAGCACAGGUGCCAGAGGCGGCGGCGCGUCCAGAGGCGGCGGUUGCGAGGGACACGGCAGAGCCAGAGGCCGCGGCGCCAGAGGGCAAAGCUGCAGAGGCGGUGGCGCUCGAGCCAGCAGCCGCGAAGGAGGCAGUGCCAGAGGCGUCAGUGGAGGAGCCUGGCGCUGCUGCGCCAGAGGUGGCGGCACCAGAGGAGGCCGCGCCACAAAUGGCGGCGCCAGAGGCGGCGACGGCAGCGGCGGUGGUCCCUGACGAUGCUGCUGUGGCAGAGGCAGCUGCUCAUAAGGCAGCUGCACAGAAGGCAGCUACAGAGGAAGCAGUGUCAGAGGCGGCGGGACAGGAGGCGGCCGCCCCAGAUGAGUCCGCUGCACAGGCGCUUGCGCCAGAGGCGCUGGGACUGCAGGGCCCUGACCGGGUGGCCACGGCGCCGGCCCCUGAGGGUGCUGACUCAGCAGUGGGCCCCGAGGUUGCUGACUCAGCGGUGGAGGGCGAGGCGCCGCCGGUGCCGCGCGACGCCGCUCCUGUCCCGGCGGGAGGCGCGGAGGCGGCGGAGGAGGGGGCCGCUCAGCGCGCGGGCGAGGCUCAGGGCCAAGGCGGCCGCGCGGCGCAGGUGGAUGUGGCACGCGAGGAAGCCCACGCCGCGGCGGAGGAGGAGGAGGGAUGGGCGGAGGCGGCGGACGGGAAAGCCCAGGAUGCGGUCAUCCCUCCCAUUGACGAUGAACACAGCGAAAAGCAAGGGGAGGCAGCAGCAACUGAGGGCAUGGCCGAUACCGACGAGCCGGCUCCGGCCCUGAUUGAGCCGUCUGCCGCGGCGAGCGCCAGCGCCUUUGCCGCGCCUGCCGCCGCCGGGCCGGGGGCGAUCGGAGGGCUGGCGGACGGCGCGAGCGGCCAGGGCAGCGGCGGCGGCAGCGGCGGCAGCCGCGACCUGGAUGAGAAGUUUGUCAGCGCCGAGCUGCAGUUCAUGGGCAGCGGCCUCACCGAAUUCAUGAGCACCGACAUCGACGCCGCGCUGCCCGGCGCCGCGCCGCCCGCCGCCCCGGCGGCCGAGGGGGUCGCCGCGGCCCGUGAGCCGCCGGCGCCGGCGCCGGCGAUGGCUGCCGCCAUUUUGGUGGCCACCAACGGAGGCGCCGGCGCCGCGGGCGGGCCGGCGGCAAAUGGAGGCGCAGGCGCUGCGCCAGCGGGCGAGCAGGAGGGGGCUGCGGCGGGAGUGGGGGCAGUGCAGCCCAAGGAUUCGGCGCCCGCGGGGGCGGGUGAAGACGAUGACGUCGCGCGACUGCUGGCCAGGGCACGCACGCAGUCCAGCCGCAUGUCGGCGGACAGUGACCCUGUGGCCAACCUGCUCACAGCAGCCCACAGCCAGUCCUCCAGGAUCAACGAGAUUGUCCAGGGCGCCACCCCCGGUCGCGAUGUGGGCGGCGCCGGGGCCGCGGGCGGCGCGGCGGGGAAGGCGCGGCGGCUCGAGGCGCUGCGAUCGUUCAAGAUCGCUUCUGAGGAUGAGGAUGACGAGGACGAGUGA